ACGAGUAGAAGCAUCAUUAAUCUGAGCCAGAGACCAUCUAGAAGUUGAGAAAAUCCAGUACCACAGCCGCGUUGGCUGAAUAAAAAUUGCCGUCCCCAACCGAAGUCACCUUUUCUAGGAAGCGCCCUGCUGAUCUCCCUUCACCUCCUCUUCCUCGCAGACAAAUUGUCUGGAGUCUAUACAUAGCACAACACUCUCCCACCAUUUCUCCUCACAAGCAGCUCCCAGCUUACAAUAUUAAUCUCGACUCUUGAUCACAGCACAAAAAGCAACUACAGUAUUAUAUAGAAACACAGCAAGACGUUUCAAUUUCCUUUUCCAAGAGAAAGAAAAUGGCAGAGAAAGUGAACCAGCAAGCAUACCCCUCAGCACCAACACAUAAGCAGCCGAGCAGAGAUGAAGAAUCGGCAACUUUACAAUCCGAUCAGGAGCUCCGAAAGAAGAAAAGGAUCAAGUUGGGCAUAUAUAUUGCUGCGUUUAUUGUGUUUCAGGUCAUAGUUAUCACGGCAUUUUCACUCACUGUGAUGCGUGUGAAGACCCCCAAGGUCAGGUUGGGAACGGUCACGCUUCAAGAUGUGAAGACUGGAAACCAAACAUCACCUUUGUUUGACAUAAGCUUCACGACCCAAGUAAGGAUCAAGAACAACAACUUUGGCCCCUACAAAUAUGAAAGCACCAAUGCCAUGUUCACUUACCAAGGCGUGACAGUAGGGCAAGUCAGUAUUCCUAAGGGUAAAGCUGGGUUCCGUUCUACUAAAACAGUUACUGUUACUGUGAGCGUGAAUUCAAAUGCCCUGCCAAUGAGCACGACUUCGAGUACUCUCGGAAGUGAAUUGGGUGCAGGGGUGUUGACUCUAAAUAGCCAUGCCAAACUCAGUGGGAAAGUGGAAUUGAUGUUUGUGAUGAAGAAGAAGAAGGCCGCCAAAAUGAACUGCACCAUGCCCAUCCAUUUGUCAACAAAGGUUGUCCAAUUGAAUUGCGACUGAACAUAUGUAUAACAGUUUAGCAGUUUUCUUUGUUUUUGUCUUUUAGUUUUAGUUUUUAGUUUUUGUUGAAUUUGUAGUUUUUUUUUUUUUUGAAUCCAUUUUGUGAGAAUAGAAUAUAUAUUUUUUUAAAUUUAUUAGGUCUCGUACGUAUUUGUCACUACUUCCUUGAGCAUAUGCUCCUGCAUGGUUUCUUACAUAUAGACACACAUGCACACGUGUUAUUUCUCUUUCAAAUGGAUCUUAAUCUGAAUCAAACU